CUUUUUUCUUUUUAAAUAUAAUUAAAGGAGAAAGAACGUUUAUUUCUUAUUGUUUGCACGUUAAUGGAAGACGAUUUAUUUUCAACCACCAAUGUGUCUUUACUUGACGACAUUGUACCUUUUCGGCCGUUAACUAGUUCACCAGUGUCUCUUAAACAUGUACACAAUAGUAGUAGCAGUACAAGUAGUAGCAGUAAUCACUAUAAUCAUGGCAGUAGUAGUAGUUCAAGUGAACAAUGGAAUGUUGUAGAUACACCCUUGGAAGGCUCAACAGAGUUUAUAAGAGACAAAUCAGUCAAACCAACCCAAUUUUCUAUGCCUUUAAAGCACCAAGAGAAUACUGUGGAUAUAUUAAAAAAGGAAAACUUUGAUCUAAGAUUAAAGAUUUAUUAUCUGGAGAAUCGGUUACUUGACUUGUCUCCUUCUAAUGUUGAGGCUGCCUUAAAAGAGAACGUCGAUCUGAAAGUAACAGUUCAAAAGCUUACUCAAGAAUUAAAAAAGUAUAAGAAACUUAUAUUGGAAUUGGAAGCAGCCAUUGAGAUCGUGAAUCAACCAUGUCCAAAGCAACAUGGUAUGUCACAAGCAGAGAAGGAUGAAUUAACCGCAGCUAUUAUGGAAGCUAAAGUAUGCCGUGAAGAAAAUGAUAAACUAUCUCAAAUGCGCGCUGAUGUACUUGCUGAAAACAAAAGAUUACGUGAUGAGCUUCGUUUUAUCAGAGAACAAAAGACGGAAUCACCACAGCCAAGGGCUCACAAGGAAGAUUAUCCCACAAACACAAAGAGAUUGGAAGAGGUUAAAAAAAAAAAACUUAGGUCACAAGCAUUGGAAAUAACUUCAUUAAAGGAUGAAGUAGAGAAAAGACAACGACAGAUGGAUGAUUUACGUAACCAAUUAAAGCAAUCUACAAAAGACUUGAAUGAGACAAGACAGCAACUUAAAUUAAAGACACUUGAAUAUGAACGAUCAGUGAAACACGAAGAUGAUAACAAACUGAUGGAUACCAUUCGUCAACUAAGAAAAGAAAAUGACUUGUUGAUUAAUGAAAUACAAGAAAGAGAACAAGAUGUAGCAGAUUUGGAAGAGGAGAUACAAAAGCUUGUCACUGUCUUGGAUGAAAAGAAUAAAGAAGACGGAGACAAUGAUCUUGAAGAGAAAAUAAUGACACUUGAAGCAACGAUCCAAGAAAGAGAUGAAGAUAUUGAAGUAUUAAAAGAUCAUAUCACAAAGACUCAACAAGAGUUGGAAGAGAAAAACGAAGCAAAUAAAGAGCUCUUGAUUGAAUUACAAGAAGCUAUAGAAAAAUCGGAACAGAUUCGAACAGACUAUGAAAAUCAAGUAAACCAGAUUAAUGAACUUGAAAUUGGUAUCAAAGAAAAGGAUGAGAGAAUGGCCGCAUUAGAAGAAGAUUACAAGUCGCAGUUAUAUACAACAGAGAGAGAGAAAAAGUUGAUUGAGGAUGACGUCAAAGAGUUAAAGCAUAAGCUCCGUUUAGCCCUUAAGCAAUUAAAAGAAAAAGAAAAGGAAGCUGAGCAUGUUGAAAAAUGGAAAGAACGAGUUUACAGUCUGGAAGAACAACUGAAGAACUUUAGAGGUGUGGUGUAUAGACUGAAGAAAGCUCAAGAUAACAAUACGAUGAUAAAAAAUACGCUGGAGCAGCCUUAUAGAAAUAAGACAAAUAUCAACACAUUGGAGCAAGUGUUGAAAAAACUAAAUGAUGAGUUAAGAAAAGAACUUGAUGAUAAAACCAGAGAAUACGAAAGAGAAAAGGUGCGAACAACAGAACUUCAGGAUUUGUACAAUCAGCAACUUGAAAUAAUCAGAGAACUUGAAGAGAAAUUGAGUAAAAAGAGUACAAUGUUGGCCUUGUCUCUUUCUGAAUAUGAUGAAUUACAAGCAAAUAAAAAAAUCAUGGACAGUAUUCUUGUUAAACAAGUAACCGGCACGCAAACAUUCCAUGAAAGAAUAGAAUCAGCAACGAUGAACCAUUAGUGCAUAUAUAUAUAUCCCCUUUUUAUAUACAUAUAUAUAAUACUUACAUACGCGCACACACACACAUAAUUAUAUAUAUACACGGCUGUGUACAUUAUAUUUAGCAUAUUUGUAAAUACUUGCAUUACAUUUUAUUAUUCGCAAAAUGAUGGGAAAUAAAAUAAAAUGACAAUUUCAGACAACAA